AUGCGCGCAUGUUCACUGGCAUCUCAUCUACUUCUGAGUGUUCAGCCGGUCCAUGUACCAUUAGAGCAGCGGAUUCCCCUCUACAUCUUUGCAGCUGAUACUGUCGUAGAGCCUUGCUUUGCUAGAAUCGAAUACGGACUUUACAAGUGGGACCUUGCAUAUGUGGAGGACAUUGAUGAUGCAAUCAUCUGGGCUGUUCCCCGCAUUUCUUAUUCGCGAAAGCGGCCAUCGCGUCCAGCAGCACAACUUUUUGACCACGUGAAGGCUGUGGAAGUGUUUGGCGCUGAAUCUGUCAAGAAAAGGAAACCCGUUGCUGGCACGCAAGAGUUCAGCUUUCACAACAACCGAGAUCUCGUCGUUUAUGCAUUGCCGCUGGAUCUCGCCGAUAGCGCUCAACCGUCUCAUUCACAAAACAGAGAAUUAUCUGGCACAGAAGGGGUCAUACGAAGCGUCAGAGAGGACUGCGCUGAAGUGGCAUUCGGUCAGGACAAUAUUCAAGCAGCUACGGUGCUGUUACGCAGCCUCAAGAGGUUUUUCCACUCAGGUGAUAGCGUGCGGGUUGUGCGAGGUAAUUACCGCAGAGUUAAAGGAUUCGUUUUGACAAACGAGACUGACAAGGAUGAGCUGCGGUUACUCGAUCAUAAAAAGAAUCACGAGAUUGUCGUGAGACCUCGCGAUGUCAUCAAGCACGAGCUGGAACUGCAGUUCUUCACUGCACCAGAAGAGCGAGUGGCAUCACACAGCAGCAGUCACGAACAUGAAUUGCAUGAACAUGAAUCAUCAACAAGCUCGCGCUCCCUGUCCGAGAUACACAGAAAGUACAUCAUGGAACAUGUGACGAUCAUCCACGGCGAGUACAAAGGCUGGAAGAGAUACCUAACGAAUAUCUGGAAUGACCAUUAUCAAGUCGUGCUGGAUGCUCCUCACGGUGUUGUAUUAUGGUGCCCCAUAGAAGAGGUUGGCCUGACAAGGUGCGUCAUAUGA